UUUUUUUGCACUGCGAUUGUGGGAAUUUAUACCGUUGAAGAUUUGUGGAACAAAUUCGGUGAUCUCAAGAUGCCCGAGGUUGUGGUGGCGAAACAUCUGCUUGCCCGUGUAGUGGGCCUAAUCAUCGUGCCUUGCGUUGUCUACAUCUUGUCCUUCUAUGUCCAUUUUUGGAUCCUUGAGAAUAGUGGCCCUGGAGAUGCGCAGAUGAGCUCACUUUUUCAGGCGAACUUGAAAGGCACCGAAGUUGGAAAGGAUAGUCCUCUUGAGAUAGCGUUGGGGUCGAGGGUGACGCUGAAGAACAUGGGAUAUGGUGGUGGACUUCUUCAUUCGCAUAUCCAAACAUAUCCGGAAGGGUCGACACAACAACAGGUCACGUGCUAUCACCAUAAGGAUGCCAAUAAUGACUGGUUCAUCUAUCCCAAUCGUUAUGAACCCGAGUUUGACCCUGAGGGACCUUUGAGGUUCAUUGGCGAUGGUGACAUCAUCCGUCUAAUCCAUGGGCAGACAGGCCGGAACUUGCAUUCACAUGCUAUAUCGGCCCCGGUCACUAAAAGCCAAUUCGAAGUCUCUUGCUACGGUAACAUUACUAUCGGCGAUGACAAAGAUCAUUGGACGGUUGAGGUUGUUGAUGAUGUUGCCUCUAGAGAUAGGAGCAAGAUCCGGACUCUCACCACUGCAUUUCGCUUAAAACAUCCUGCCCUGGGUUGCUACUUACGUGCAGGAAAUGUAAACCUGCCACAAUGGGGCUUCAAACAGAUUGAGACCACAUGCGUGAAGGAGAACAAACCCGGCGAUGUUUACACGCAUUGGAAUGUCGAAUCUCAUUACAACGAAAAACUCCCACCUGGUGACCCAGGAUCCUACAAAUCUCCUUUCUGGAAGGACUUUAUUCAUUUAAACGUCGCCAUGAUGACGUCCAACAACGCUCUUGUUCCGGACCCCGAUAAGCAAGACGAUCUCGCUUCCAAAUUCUGGCAGUGGCCUAUACUCAAUGUAGGUCUUCGGAUGUGUUCAUGGGACGAUACCACAAUCAAGUAUUACCUUCUUGGAAACCCCGUCGUUUAUUGGGGAAGUACCUUGAGCCUUGCUCUGUUUGGUCUGUUGGUGCUUUGGUAUCUUGUGCGUUGGCAGCGAGGCUAUAAUGAACUUACUCAAGCGGACAUCAGUCACAUCCACUAUUCCGGACUGUACCCAGUCAUAGGGUGGGUGCUACACUAUCUACCUUUUGCUGUUAUGGCGCGAGUGACAUAUGUCCACCACUAUUACCCAGCUCUCUACUAUGCCAUACUUACAUUCGGGUUUUGUAUUGAUUGGUUCACUCAAGGGAUGAACAAAAAGUUGCGAUGGGCGGUGUAUGCAUUCCUUUACUGCCUUAUCAUCGGCAUGUUUGUGUACUUUCGAGCUAUCGUGUUUGGCAUCGAAGGGAGCAGCCAGCAGUGGACUCAUCUGAAUUGGCUCAGUGGAUGGCGAAUUGCGAAUUAAGUUGCUUUCGCAUCAGCAACAGCACCAUCACCACCACCACCGUCGUCGUCCUUCAUCCUCCGCUUUUCUGAUAAUGGCAUUUCCAGUCAUCACUACACUUGCUAUACAAUACCAUUUUUGUAUGCUAUUGCUGUCUUGUGAACUGCUGUAAAAGGUAGUCUGUUAUUGUCCCAGGGUUGAACCAUUCUUAAAUUGAUCGCAUAGCUCUUGGGGUAUGUCUCUUUGCUCUCCUAUUUCCCCCUUUCCCAUUUGCGCUUGGGUGCACGAGUUUUUUGAGCAUGAUGUUUAAAUGGCUAUGUGCAGUUGACAUGAGAUCAUGGGAGCCUGUGUUGACUUCGUAGACCUUGCAUAUAACACUACCUCUCAUGGUGACCGCGAAAGGGUCAUAUACAUGCGCAUAGGACAUGAUAGUGUGCCACCAGUGGAAU